AUGUGGAGCGAUAUGUUUCCUGACCAAGCAGGAUAUCAAGUGUCUUCCAAAAAGGAAGAUAAAGCUGAAUCAGUGUCGGUAAAAGAAGAUACUGGAGGUCUUGAAGAUGGCGAACUUCAGUAUCCGUCGUCGUGGAAGCUUGCUAUUAUCAUGCUGGGACUCUGCUUCGCUGUUUUCUGUAUGGCAUUGGACAAUACUAUCAUAGCAACGGCAAUCCCAACAAUUACGGACGAAUUCAACUCCCUUGAUGAUAUAGGGUGGUACGGAAGCGCUUACCUUUUCACAACAUGCAGUCUGACACUGGUCUUCGGAAAGUUGUAUACGUUCUACUCUAUCAAAUGGGUAUAUCUCAUUGCUAUUGCUGUCUUUGAAAUUGGAUCUGUUGUUUGCGGCGCAACUCCAAAUUCCGUGGGUUUGAUCCUAGGGCGCGCUAUCGCUGGCCUCGGCGGAGCAGGAAUAUUUUCAGGCUCCAUGCUGAUCAUCGCGCAAACUAUGCCAUUAGAGAGGCGUCCGAUAUGUACUGGACUUCUUGGUGGUUUAUAUGGGAUUGCUGGUGUGGCUGGGCCGCUUAUGGGUGGUGCUUUCACCGAGUACGUCACCUGGAGGUGGUGCUUCUAUAUCAACAUACCGUUCGGAGCAGUCACAGCUCUCUUCAUAUUUUGUUUCUUCAAGGCACCAAAGCCGAUCAAAAAGACAUCUAGCAUUCGAGAGCAACUUGCACAACUCGACCUACUUGGUUUGGUGUUUUUCAUACCUGCUAUUGUGUGCGUCUUGCUGGCACUACAAUGGGGAGGAACUCAGUACCCGUGGAAAAGUGGGCGAAUUAUUGGCUUGUUCGUAACCUUUGGUGUUUUGAUCUUGACAUUCAGUGCGAUUCAGUGGAAGAAGCAGGAAACCGCCACCAUCGUUCCGCGAUUGGUCAAAAAUCGCAAUGUUUCCGGUGCUGCCUUCUACUGUUUAUGUAUGAUUGGGUCUUUUAUUGUCUUUACUUAUUACCUACCUUUAUGGUUUCAGAGCAUCAAGGAUGUAUCAGCCACAAAGUCCGGUAUAAUGAACCUUCCAACGAUUCUGGGUGUUGUGGUAUGCACUAUCCUCAGCAGCGGUCUCGUUAGUGGGCUCGGAUACUAUACGCCAUUCAUGUAUAUCUCACCCGUGGUAGCCUCAGUUGGUGCGGGAUUACUUUCCACUUUAAAAGUUGAUUCUGGGCACGCUGAAUGGAUAGGCUACCAAGCUUUGUACGGUAUCGGAUUAGGCUUUGGCAUGUCACAACCCAUGGUUGUAGUCCAGGCUGUUCUGACACCUACCGAUAUUCCCACUGGCACUGCAAUUAUAACCUUUAUGCAAUCUAUAGGAGGAGCCAUCUUCGUCUCUGUUGCUCAAAAUGUCUUCAACAAUAUCUUGUUGCAAAGACUAGCCGAGGAUGCACCUACUGCCGACGCUGCGACGAUUGUAGGAACCGGUGCGACUUCGUUGCAAUCCGUGGUUCCACAGAAUCUGCUACCCUCUGUACUUGAGGCGUACAAUUCGGCUAUUACGCAGGCUUUCUAUGUUGGAGUUUCUCUAGCAGCAGUAUCGAUUCUGGGGGCGUUACCUGUUCAGUGGGUUUCUGUUAAGGGAAAGAAGAUCGAGGCAGGAGCCUGA